UUGCGUAAAUUACAAAAAGAACGUGUUUGUCAUAUUUUUCGAUAGAUUUAUUUGAAGAAAAAACGACGUUGAAUGUCUUCACUGUGUUCGUUUUCAGUUGUAGCAAAUAACCUGGCUUCAACACGAUCUUGUAUGCUUGCAGAAAUCCGAUACUUCGUAGUGGGCUUCGGGACCAACCCGUGGAGGCUUUGACAGACGAGAGGGGCAACUUCAUGACGUUGUCACUCAGUUAUUAUACCAACUCGACGAACUAUAGACAAACAAAGCUCUUGGACCGACUAGUCAGUUUAUUAUAAAGGAUGACACAAUAUUGUCGCAUUUCGACGAAUAGCAAUAAGCUUCGUGAGAAGCGUGUCUUAGCUAAAUUCAGGUAACUCGUAUCGCAAAGCGGUAGCCAUUGAACCAAUAACGUCAGCUAUCUGAAUUAGUAGUUAUUUUCAGCAAUCCGGGUGGUGGCAUAGUGGGUAGCGUGUCUGUGCAACUAAGGAACACGUGACGAUCUGAAUUGGAUGACAACCAUGGGCACACAUCAGCUUACGCUGCUAGCCAGCCAGCCAGCCAGCCAUCCGAUGAGACAGCUAGCUAACCGGAUGGACUAGACAAUCGGGAAAAUCUUCUAGACGGGCUACAAGUAAUAUCUCGCACGAGGAAUGAUGUAGAAAGAACCAGAAUUACCCGCCCAGCCUGUCUAGCAUCGCCCUACUUUUUCGUUCCGAGAAAUAAUUCCCACACAGAGACACAUGCUUAUCGCGCGUGUCGAACAUCGUUACCGUCGACUAUCGUUUCGUCAAAUGAUCUGUACGAGAUUUGCCGGUAUCUGCAAUCGUCUAGUUUGUCACAGCAUUGUUUCAGGCUUAACGUACAACUGACAAUGUUGAAACUGAAUCCAGUUCGUUUCUAUAACCUCCUGAAUAUCAAACAUCCGACCGCAACUCAGGUGUUAACUACAGCUGCUUUAAUGGCGACGGGCGAUGUUCUGUCGCAGAAGUUUGUCGAAAAGCGAGAGCAUAUUAAUGUUCAGCGAACAGGAAGAUUUUUCUUUGUCGGCUGCGUCUAUGUAGGCCCGGUGCUGCGGACGUGGUAUCCUCGUUUAGAACAGUUAAUCUCUCAUUCGGCAAAGAUGCGGGCGCUCAAGAUGGCCUCAAUUGAUCAAUUGGUGUUUACCCCAGUCUUCUUGCCUGGUUUUCUUAUCACGCUAAGCACAUUUCAGGGGAAAAAUAUUGAUGGGAUUUGUGAAACUGUAAGAACAGAUACGGUACCCAUCCUGCUAACUAAUUGGAUGAUAUGGCCCGCCGCACAGGUCAUCAACUUCAACUUCGUUCCUCUUCAAUUUCGGGUUCAAUUCGCAAGCACUAUAGCGCUAUUUUGGAAUAUUUACCUCGCUUGGAAAGCCAACCAAGACCUUACGCCUAUUUCGGGUGACUCGGCCGCGAAAGAACCUAUUGAAUCACAGUGAUUUCUAGACAUCAGAUACUGUACGUUCUAUAAUUAGGUAUUAUUUAGUGAAUGGGUACUUAAAACGGAAGUUCCGUUGCUACUUAGAACUAUCUCGCUGUAUUUUGUACGUAAGCGGACGAAUGCCUGUGUUAAUCGGAACGUGUAAAAGUUACGGCUUGUUCUUCUAACAGGAAAGAUAGAUGAUCAUUGUUAUAAGUAUCAUGUGAAAUAUCUUCGUAUGUAACUUUUAAGUAUUAGCAGCAGCCUGUUACUAUAGCCAAUAGAAAAAAAAACACACAGAGAAGUCUGGUUGCCUGCCAAAAGCUGGUCAUUUGCUACGCCAUUUUCUCCUACCACUCACAGAAUACGGUGUAAAAAUGCAAGUCACAGUAUUACCAUAGAUAGGGUAGAACUUCGUCUGUUGAACCCGAGAAAUAUUUUAUGCAAGUGACGCUGUACAAAAGACAUGUAAGACGCUAAAUCCCUAUCCGGACUUGUUUAGUGGUUCAUAAUUGUCCCUUCUCAGCCAACUGAAUAAAAAUGUGUAUACCGAGCUAA